UAAUUUCAGGCGAGAUUCAGGAAAUAAAAAGAGUAUUAGAAACUGAUGGUUUUAGAGACUUGGCUUUGAAGAUGAGUUCAACCGGAAAUCAGAAGAGGUCCAUUAUGCGCACGCAUCUGCACGUGGAAAACAAGAAUGGCUGAAAUCGAAGCAAAGAAGGAAAAGAAGAAGAAAAAGAGCAAAGAUGUUGGAGACAUCCAACACUCAGAAUCAUUUACAAUACAGCCAAGCUCCAAGCAGGAGAAGCUAGACACUGCAGAUUGGCCCCUGUUGCUAAAGAACUAUGAUAAACUGAAUGUGCGAACCAAUCACUACACACCAAUUCCAAAUGGCUGCUCACCAUUGAAGCGACCCAUAGGGGAAUAUAUAAAGACAGGAUUCAUCAAUUUAGAUAAGCCUGCCAAUCCCUCCUCCCAUGAAGUCGUAGCAUGGAUAAAGAGGAUCUUGAGGGUGGAGAAAACUGGUCACAGUGGUACCCUUGAUCCUAAAGUCACAGGUUGCCUAAUCGUAUGUAUAGAGCGGGCCACUAGGCUAGUGAAAUCACAACAAGGUGCUGGUAAAGAGUAUGUGUGUAUCUUCCGCCUUCAUAGUGCAGUCGAUAAUGAAAAGAAAGUCCUCCAGUGUAUGGAGACUUUAACAGGGGCCCUUUUCCAGAGACCUCCUCUAAUAUCUGCCGUUAAACGACAACUAAGGGUACGCACAAUAUAUGAAAGCAAAAUGCUGGAAUAUGACAAAGAGAGACAGCUAGGUAUACUGUGGGUGAGCUGUGAGGCUGGCACAUACAUAAGAACACUCUGCGUACAUAUUGGGUUGCUGCUAGGAGUCGGAGGUCAAAUGCAAGAGCUCCGACGAGUUCGUUCGGGAAUCCAAUCAGAAAAGGAUGCAAUGUACACAAUGCAUGACGUGUUAGAUGCUCAAUGGCAACUAGACCAUAACAAAGAUGAGGCUUAUCUGAGACGUGUCAUUAAACCACUAGAGGCUCUACUUGUAUCACACAAACGCAUCAUCAUGAAAGAUUCUGCGGUGAAUGCUGUGUGUUAUGGUGCCAAAGUAAUGUUACCUGGUGUAUUACGCUAUGACGAUGGUAUCGAGGUGAAUGAUGAGAUCGUCAUAGUAACAACUAAAGGAGAAGCAAUAGCUCUAGCCAUAGCCCAAAUGACCACUGCUGUAAUAGCAACAUGUGAUCAUGGUUUGGUGGCAAAAUUGAAGCGGGUCAUAAUGGAACGGGACACAUACCCCAGGAAGUGGGGCUUGGGACCAAAAGCCACAAUGAAGAAAGGUCUUAUGAAGCAAGGUUUAUUAGACAAAUAUGGUAGACCUAAUGACAAAACACCAAAAGACUGGUCAACAUCAUACACAGAUUAUAACUUAAAGAAAGAGAAUGGCAUCAGUGACAGUACUCCCAGCACUCCUACAGCUGCUCCAGCUGCUCCACAAAAGCGUAAAAUUGACUCAUUAGAUAGCUCUGAUUCUGAAGAGGAUGUAAAACCAACAAUUCCACCAGUAACUCCAGAUACAGAAAAGAGAAAGAAGAAAAAGAAAAAAGAUAAGAAUACAGAGGCUGAUGUAAAUACAACUAUAGAAGAACCUAAGUCUGAUAAAAAGAAAAAGAAGAAAAAGAAACAUAAAAAGGAAAAGAAAGAAUCCUCAGACGAUGACAGUGAUUGACACAUUGACAUUUUAAGUGAUUGACAGUUUAAUUGAUUGACAGUUCACUUGAUUGACAGUUCGGUUGAUCAACUGUCAAUGCAGACAUUUUAAAGAUAUUCCAUAAAGAAUAUAGUAGGGCUCCUACAGAAAUAUCAAAUACAAUUACACGGAAUUUCACAAUACCCUCACAGUCUCAAAUAGCUAAAAUGGAUGAGGAAUUUAGGAAUGGCAGAAACCGUGUGUCGUUUAGGCAGUUAGGGGAUUCCCAGUCAAAAUUAAUGGGAUACGAUAUUGCAUGUAUUGUAAAAUUGUAAUCUAAUUUGAUUGAAAAUAUUUUCGAUCAGAUUUUUUUCUGUUGUUAUCCCUGUAAACUUCAGUGAUAUUGUAAACCGUUUUUAGAAAAUUAUCGCUAAAUGCUUAUCCAAAGGUUCUUUUUCAUUUUGGGGGAAAGAAUGUAUUUUACUUUUCAAUUUCUUGGAACCCUACAUAUGCCUUGUUUAUUUUACUAAAUGCUUCACACGGACUCAGAAACAAUUGUGAAGAUGAAGAAUAUCUAAAAUAUAUGAACUUUUCAUAAAA